AUGUCAUCAGAAAUCUUUGUUCGUGGGAUGCUCUAUCUAUCCCUCACUGUCGUUGGCGUCCCGGGUAACGCUGCAGUCAUCCUGGCAUUCCUCCUGCUGCUGCACCAGGAGAACCGGCUCCUCCCGGCAGACGCCAUCGUCCUACAUCUGGCCUGUGUGAACCUGCUGGUGGUGGGCGUCCGCUGUCUGCUGGAGACCCUGGCCUCCUUCCCCCUGGCCAACGUCUUCAGCGAUACAGGCUGUAAAGCUGUGAUUUUUGUCUACAGGACGUCACGCUCCCUCUCCAUCUGGCUCACCUUCGUCCUGAGCGCCUACCAGUGCCUGAGCAUCGCCCCUCCCGGGUCACACUGGGCCUCCGCCCGUGCCUUGGUCGCCCGCUACCUGGGCUGUGUGUUCUUCUUCCUCUGGCUCCUCAACACCUGCAUGAGCUCGGCAGCCAUAAUCUUCUCCUUUGGCAAACAGAGUAACUCCAGCCUCACAAACCACGGCAUUAAUGUACAAUUCUGUUACGUUCACUUCCCCUCUAAACUGUCCAAAGAUGCCAACGGGGCGGUGCAGGUGGGCAGAGACGUGGUGCCCAUGGCCCUCAUGACCCUUGCCAGUCUGACCAUCCUGGUGUUUCUUUACAAGCACAGCCGGCAGGUGAAAGGACUGCGCAGCAGCAGAGGCGGAGGUGGAGGGAGCGGUGGGGCUGAGCAGCGGGCCGCCAAAGCCGUGGUGGCGCUGGUGACCCUAUAUGUGGUCCUCUAUGGGGUAGAUAAUGGGUUUUGGGUGUACACUCUCACUGUGAGACAGACCAUGGAGUCCUCGCUGAUCUCUGACCUGCGGAUAUUCUUCUCCUCGCUCUAUGCAGCGCUAAGCCCCGUGGUCAUAAUUGCAUCCAACAGAAAGGUGAAUGGCAGGCUGAGGUGUGCGGUGCAGGAGAAGCCAGUCCAAGAGAGAGCCACGAGUCUGUCUACGGUGUGA